CGCCGCCUGGUAACACUGUUCGCCAGUUGGACUGUGGGGGCGAAAAUAAAAAUAAGAAUAAUCAUGUCGACGCUGCAACUGGAAUUUUCACAGGCAAUGACCGACUUCAAAAAGAUGUUCCCGGACAUCGACCGCGAGGUGAUCGAGGCCAUCCUGCGGGCCAACCUGGGGGCCGUGGACCAGACCAUAGACGCCCUUCUGGCGAUGUCGAUUGACAACCAGAACGAGAAACUGCGCAAUGAACUGGAUGCUAAUGUCUCGCCCCAGCAGAGCCUCAUCAACCUGAACGAUUCGGACAAAGACCUGCAGCUGGUGGACACCACGGACGGCGGGGCAGCGGUUGCGGCUGCGGGGGCUGUGGGAGCACCGGGUGCUCUGCUGCCCACCGCUGGCGCCUCGCCGAACCACCAGAAUACGGGCGCCUCGCCCAAGCAACGACCCCUGGGAUCAUUGGGCAGCAAGGGUAGCAGCAGCCAGAACAACACGCCCACCAAGCGCAGUCGCCGCUGGAAUCCGCCCAUCCUGGGGCCCUUGCCGGCGGGCUUCCUGCGGAUUACACCCGCCCCCGGGCAGCAGGACUUCGAGCUGCCGGACGAACAGUUCGCCUUGAUGCUGCAAAACGAGGAGUUCAUGAACCAACUGCGCUGGAACCAGGACUUCAUGAACGCCCUCGAAAAGGAACAGAGCGGCAAGACCAAGGGCGAGGACGAUGCCCCCUUCCAGGAGCGGCUCAAGAACAUGGGCAAGAUGUCGCGCAAGAAGUUCCUGCAGAUGGCCCGGGUGUUCACCUGGCAGCGCAACAAAAAAGUGACCACGGCCAAGCAGAUAGACUCCUUGCCGCUCCGCGAGGAGCCCAGCGACGAUGAGGAUCACCACCACCAGCGGGAGCAGCAUCAGACCAACCAGCAGCAGUCCAGCCAGCAACAGGGGCAAUUGCAGCUGCGCAAGUGAAUAAGCGGAAAAUUCUGUUUUCUUAUCUCAAUGGCCAUAACGUGACGAUCACGUGCGCUAGUAAUCUCCGCAAAACGAACCGAAACCAAGUAAUCUGGCAAGAACGAAUCUCCUCUCCCAAUCUCAACACAAAGAUGCGAUGGUAUUACCCUAGUUUUAACCUUAAGUGCAAUUUUCUUCCCUACCGUGCAAUAUUCCCCUCUUUAUUUGUUUGUUUGUAUACGUUUUGUUUACCCCUUUCGUUGCCAAAUUAGCGUAGUUAAGUUUUAUCCAUUAUUUGUAUCGAAACUGAAGGCGGCCUCUUUUGAGCCGCAUUCGCUAGAGAACCACACUAAUACACAUGUUCGACUGAUUAUAGAAAGCGUUAAUUAACCAAGCAUCACAUCAGGAAUCGGAGACGAGUCCCCCCCAAGUAGAGCACUUUGCUUAGCCCAAACCCUAGUCAUAAAGCGGAACUCGAGCCACUUAUUGUACAGUAAUCGAAACUAUCACGUAAUCCCUGUCGUAAAUUACACUUUCUACAUUUUAACUGCUGACCCGCGCAUCGCCAACUUCUACGAAAUGCAUGAUUAUAAUUGUAUACCACGCGAAUCUCUCGGAACUUGCAUACCAUAUCAGCUGUGGAUACAAUGCAGUUUUACUACACCUACGCCCAAACUUAACUCCGAAUCAAACGAUCCUAUCGCAGAUCUUACAGUGGAUUAAUAUGCGUGCUAUAAACUAGCAAAAUAUUAUAAUUAUAAAGUGCGGCUAUUUGAUUGUAAUUGUAUAUGUAUAAAUAUUUGAAUAACAACCUUAUAUAACUAUUCCAAGUAUCAAAUACAGAUAUUUCAAACCUUCAA